AUGCCUGCCAGUAAGAGGAAGCAAGAUCUGGGUGACACGAUUACCCCGAGCAAGGUGGACGAUGACAGUGGCGACGAUGAGGACUUCGACGUUCUCAAUGUCGACUUCGAAUGGUUUGAUCCUCAACCCGAGUUCGAUUUCCACGGCAUAAAGACUCUGCUACAACAAUUGUUCGACACUGAUGGACAAUUGUUCGAAUUGUCAGCUUUGACUGACUUGAUUUUGUCUCAACCCACGCUGGGAUCUACAGUCAAGGUGGAUGGUAAUGAGACAGAUGCAUAUGCUUUUCUUUCUAUCCUCAAUCUACAGGAACAUCAAGACAAGGCUUUUGUCGGAAAAAUAACCCAGUACAUCCAUUCCAAAGCCUCGUCGAACCCCCAGCUGGCUCUUCUGGUGCAAUUGUUGUCCCAGUCUCCAAUCCCUCCCAUUGGCUUGAUCCUGACCGAACGUCUCAUCAACGUACCUUCCGAGGUGGUGCCUCCUAUGUAUACCAUGUUGAUUGAAGAAAUGGAAUGGGCCAUCCAGGAUAAAGAGCCUUAUAACUUUUCGCAUUAUCUUAUCCUCUCCAAAACAUAUUCCGAAGUACCCUCCAAGCUGGAUGCUGAGGACGACCGUCCCAAGAAGAAAUCCAAGGGUGCAGGUGGUACUUUCGAGACCAUGUACUUCCACCCAGAGGAUGAGGUCUUGCAACGACAUGCCAUCUGCUCUGGGGGUUUCGAUUAUUCCAUCAAACAAGAUGACGGCCAUUCAGACUCGAAGAGAGCGUUCCAAGAGCUGGGGAUUAAACCACAAGGACAUGCCAUCCUCAUUUCCAACGACAAGUUCAAGGAGGCUAUCCAGAAUGUGUCUCAAUACCUCCAACCUCAGGCAUGA